AUGGGUAGCCUAAGCGCUGAGUACAAACUUUUGGAGGCGGAUGAGUAUAUCCUCAACCCUCCCGACCGGGCGUCCCUGUAUCCCUUGCAGCGCGUCGACAUUUGGAAUUUCUACAAAAAGGCUCAGGCUUCAUUUUGGACAGUUGAAGAGGUUGACUUGGGCACCGACUCUCGCGACUGGUUGGGUUUGACUGACGGCGAGCGGCACUUUAUAAAGCAUGUGUUGGCCUUCUUUGCGGCCAGUGACGGAAUUGUGCUGGAAAAUUUGGCGGCCAAAUUUCUAAAUGACGUGAAGCUUCUGGAGGCGCAGUUCUUUUAUGUAUUUCAGAUUACUGUGGAGAACAUACAUUCAGAGAUGUAUAGUUUGCUCAUAGACAAGUACAUCCAGGAAGAGAGUGAGAAAAUGCACCUGUUUCGGGCCGUGGAGACCAUUCCCGCGAUCCGUAAGAAGGCGGAGUGGGCGGCCAGGUGGAUCAACAACGAAAACUCCUUUGCUGAGAGGCUGGUGGCCUACACGGCAGUGGAAGGAAUUUUAUUUUCGGGUAGCUUCUGCGCCAUAUUUUGGCUGAAAAAACGCGGGCUCAUGCCCGGGCUAACCUUUUCCAACGAACUAAUCUCCAGGGACGAGGGUCUACACGCCGAGUUUGGAUGUUAUAUGUACAGACAGCUCAGGCAUCCCCUGCCGGAAUCCACAGUACACGACAUUAUAAGAAACGCAGUACAGGUUGAAAGGGCCUUCAUAUGCGAUUCCCUGCCCUGUGACCUGAUAGGGAUGAAUUCCCGCCUCAUGACCCAGUACAUUGAGUAUGUGUCCGAUCGCCUGCUUUCCAGCUUGGGUGUUUCCAAGAUUUUUAACGUCGCCAAUCCAUUCGACUGGAUGGAUCUAAUCUCCCUGCAGGGCAAGACGAAUUUCUUUGAAAAACGAGUGGGAGAGUACCAGAAGGCGGGAAUCAUGGCCAACCAGGAUGAGCAGACCUUCUCCACCAGUAACGAUUUCUAG